CAAAACCCUCAAUUCCCCCAUCUCCCCGGAGUACCCAAUUGAGCCACGACCAGCCAUACAAAAUGCUCAGCCAACUUUCCCGGGUUUCGCGCGCUCGCUCCGCCGUUGCGGCCGUUUCUCGAGUCGCCCGACCCAAUGCCGUCCAGAUGAGGGGCUUCAUUGCUCCCACCGUCUCUCGGAGAGCCGACUUCGUCCAGGAGCUCUACCUCAAGGAGCUCAAGGCCUACAAGAUCCCCGCCGUCAAGGAGACCGACUCUGAGGGUCAGGUCCAGACCUUCAGCGCCCCCAAGACCCCCUCCUCCCCCGAGGAGACCGACCUCGCUGGCAGCCUGAAGGAGUACGAGAGCAUGGCCGUCGAGAUUGAGGGUCAGGAUGCUUCUGCCCAGACCGCCUCUGGCACCCCCGAGGUCGCUGACUGGCUCGAGGCUGAGGAGGAGGAUGAGGCUCACCACUAAGCGCCUUUCCUCGCGAGGAUACCUAGCUGACCCGGACUUGGCACCUCGGGCCACUUCCCGCCGCCCGAGGCGUUGCUAGAUGGGGAUAGAAAAAGAGGGAGAGGUUGACAACAACUCAGCCUCGGAGGAGAGUUGGGCUGCGAGAAGCAGUGGAAUGGGGAUUAUAAUCCUGUGUACUUUUUCCUAAAAUCCAACCUCUUGGUUGCCUGUAGGAACUCAUUGCGAAAUGCGAAUGCCAAAUGAAGCACAAGCAACUGAUACCAUC